AUGAAGAUGCUGAUGUGUGACCGCGGCGUCCAGAUGCUCGUGACGACGGUGGGCGCGUUCGCCGCCUUCAGCCUCAUGACCAUCGCCGUCGGUACCGACUACUGGCUGUACUCGCGCGGGGUCUGCCGCACGAAGAACAGCGGCGACAACGACACGAGCCGCAAGAACGAGGAGGUGAUGACGCACUCCGGCCUCUGGCGAACCUGCUGUCUGGAAGGAACGUUCAGAGGCGUGUGCAAGAAGAUCGAUCACUUCCCAGAGGACGCGGACUACGAAGCGGACGCUGCCGAAUACCUCCUACGUGCUGUGCGUGCCUCCAGUAUCUUCCCCAUCAUGAGCGUGGGGCUGCUCUUCCUGGGGGGGCUCUGUGUGGCCGCCAGUGAGUUUUACCGGAGCCGACACAACGUGAUCCUCAGUGCGGGAAUCUUCUUCGUCUCUGCAGGCCUCAGUAACAUCAUAGGAAUUAUUGUCUAUAUCUCAGCCAACUCGGGUGACCCGGGUCAGAGCGACAGCAAGAAGUCCUACUCCUACGGCUGGUCCUUCUACUUCGGCGCCCUCUCCUUCAUCAUGGCGGAAAUGGUGGGCGUGCUGGCCGUGCACAUGUUCAUCGAGAAGCACCGCAAGCAACGGGCCAAGUCCCGCACCGAGCUCAUCAAAAAGUCCACCUUCAGCCGCAUCCCUUCCUACCGCUACCGCUUCCGGCGCCGCUCCAGCGUGCGUUCCUCCGAGGCCCCGAGCCGCGACGCCUCACCGCUGGGGAAAGGCGGCUACACGGGGCCCGCCGCCUCCGAGAUGCCCAUGUACACGCUGAACCCGCGCGAGGCGGGCAACGCCGGCACCAAACCCGGGAGCGGCAUGGGCGGGCUGCUCAACUCGGAGAGGGAUUUCCUCCAGAGCAGCACGCUCACUAAAGACUACAGCAAGGACCCCAACCGCAGGACCACGCCCGUCUGA